UCACAUUUGAAAUUCUCUCGCCGGUUGACACGAGUUACAUUUUGUAAAUAUCCACAAAUAUUGAAGAAAAAGUUAAUAAUUAAUAACUAUUUUAACUUGCGAAUAAAAUUUGUUUAUGUAAUAUAUAUUAAAUUAAAGUAUUUUUUGAUGGAAUAUAAUAAAUUAGACGAAUUAAUUUUAAAUUGUCACUGAUAUUUUAGGAAUAUUCUCAGAAUUAAAUGAUAUCUGUCUUCUAACUAGCGAUCUCAGUAGUAAGAUAGAGGAUUUCUAUCUUACUCAAUAGUUUUGUUGUCUCAUGGCCCACAGUAUAAGUGCAUUAAAGGCUAUGGAUGAAGGAGUGGAUCCAAUAUUUGCCAUGAGACUGAGGGCACAGCUUUCUAAAAGUCCAGAUUAUGUUGUUUUAAAAAAUCGUCAAAUACAAAAUGUAGUUAAUGUGAUACCCCAAAUCAUUGAAAAAGAAAAUACUUUAAUGGAUUUUAAUAGAUAUGAAGAAAUGGAUGUAGAUAAUGAUCUAUAUGAACCAAAGUCUUUUAAAAAGUUCAAAAGUAAUCAAGCUAAUAUACUCUCUAAUUAUGAACGAAUGAAUUUCAAUAACUCUAGAGCUGACCGAUUUAUACCAUACAGAGAAGUAAAUAAUCUUACUACAAGAUUUAAUAUCAUGUCUGAAGAUAGAAAUUGUCUAGAUAAUAGAAAAAAAGAUUUUCAUAAUGAAUUUAUUAAUAAAAAUGGUGCAUACAAAACUAUUCUUCAUAAUGAGCUUAUUGGAUUCAGUACAAGAGAAUUAGGAUUACCAAAUAAAAAUAGAAAUCAAUUAGCUAUAAAACGAAAUUUAUUCCAGUUUUAUUCUUCAUGUCCAGAAAAAAUUGGUAAUAUCCAAUCAUGUUCUCCGUAUUCAUUAUCACCUCUGGGUGCAAAGAGUCAAGAAAUUCUAAGAUCUCCAAGAAAAAUACCUAGAAAAAUAUCCAGAGUGCCUUUUAAAGUUUUAGAUGCCCCUGAAUUACAGGAUGACUUUUACUUAAAUUUAGUAGAUUGGUCAUUAUCAAAUUUACUUGCUGUUGGAUUAGGCAGUUGUGUUUAUCUUUGGUCUGCAACAACAAGUAAAGUAACAAGAAUUAGUGAUUUGUCAUCUGAUGGUAAUGUUGUAACUUCAGUUGCUUGGAAUGAUAAAGGUAAUUAUUUAGCAUUUGGAACUCAAGAUGGAUCUGUUGAAGUUUGGGAUAUAAUAGCAGAAAAACAAAUUAACAGUUUGGCUGGUCAUACAGGAAGAGUUGGAGCUAUUGCUUGGAAUGGAGAUGUUGUUUCUUCAGGAAGCCGUGAUCGUAAAAUAUUAUUAAGAGAUAUGAGAAGUCCAAGUUUAUCUAUUUGUAGAAAAUACUCUGGACACAGACAAGAAGUAUGUGGUUUAAAGUGGUCUCCUGAUAAUCGUUACCUUGCAUCAGGAGGUAAUGAUAAUAAAUUAUAUGUAUGGAAUACUCAUGCAUAUACUCCACAAUUAACUUAUAAUCAACAUACUGCAGCAGUUAAAGCAAUAGCAUGGUCUCCACAUCAACGAGGUCUUUUGACUAGUGGUGGAGGUACGGCUGAUAAAUGUAUUAGAUUUUGGAAUACUUUAACAGGUCAAUCAAUGCAGUGUAUUGAUACUGGGUCACAAGUGUGCAAUCUAGCCUGGUCUAAAAAUACUCAAGAACUUGUUAGCACCCAUGGAUAUUCACAGAACCAAAUAGUUGUAUGGAAAUAUCCUUCAAUGAGUCAAAUUGCUAAGCUUACUGGUCAUACAUUUCGUGUGUUAUACUUAUCCAUGUCACCAGAUGGAGAAUCAAUUGUAACAGGAGCUGGAGAUGAAACCCUACGUUUUUGGAAUAUUUUUUCAAAAGCAAGAUCACAGAGAGAACCAAAAUCUAAACUUAAUCUUUUUACUAACAUAAGAUAAAAAUUAAUAAUUGCAAAUGUUCUAAAAAUGUAAACAUUUCUUGAUCUCUCUUUCUUAUGAAUUUAUAAUUUGUUUAUCUUUAAUCCGUUUUAUUUUGUUGUCUAUUGAACAAACCUAACCUUUAUUUAAUCUUUUUUUUUUGUAAACCAUUUUAUUACUUAUAAGAACAAUUAGAGAACUAAAUUUUGUUUUUUCUUGAAAGUAUGUUAUUUUUUUUAAUAUUUAGCAAUUAAUUGGUGAGGAAUGUUUUUCCUUAAAGUACUGAUAAUACUUAACAAUAUUUUUAAUUAUUUCUUUAAAAAUAUAUAUUAAUAAUUUUUAAUUAAAUAAUCCUCUUAGUUUAAAAUAUUGAAACCCAUAUUUGAUUAUUACUUCAUUAUAUUAUGUAUUAUCAAAAAUUAUUAAUAUGUUUCAUAAUAAAAUGAAUAAUUUUACUUGAAAAAUAUUAUUGGAACAAUUUAAAAACGUUAAUUUAAGAACAU